UCCGCGCGCGUGCUUCUACCGGAUCCGCCGCUGAUGUUCGCGCCGCGCGUUAUCCCUCGUCUUCUGUCACGCGGCGGCCGUUCGUCCGUUUUCUUCGUCCGUCCGCGUCAAGCAGAGGCAGAGUCGUAGGCCCUUGAUUGACAGCCGCUCCGGAGUUUCGUCUAGCGGCCCGCUGGAUGUCACGGAUGCCGGAUCGCGCGUCCCGCGGCGCGUCAGGGCCGGACUGCAGCCCGUUGCUGGGGAGCGGAGUCAGCGCGCCGGUUCGCUCCCAAUGACUGCCGCUGAGGCCGCGCGGAGCGAUCGCGUGUGUUUCGCGUCUGUCGAAGGAGAAUAAACGCGCGAAUGGACGAAACCGUCGCGUGAACCGAACCGGAGCCAGAAUCCGCCAGAAAAGAGGCGAAGUUCGCGCCCGCGAGGAUGAGGAGCGACGGCCGCCAGUGAAGCGCGGAGGCGGCGGCGGGAGCAGCAUGAGCGGAGCCGUUUGAUCCGGAGACUCGAUCGAUCCGAUGAUCUGACUGAGAAACAUUCCUGAUCUCCUAUUAGCGCAGAACGAGCGCAGCGUCGAAGGAUGGGCUGCGCCUCCAGCAUCCACAUCUCCGACCGGGUGGUUUAUCACAGCGGGAAAGAGUCCGAGGACUCGCCGCAACAGAACUGCCCUCAGCCGGACCACAUCAAGCCCAGCAGCGCCUGCCAGAGCACGUUAACGGAGGUGCAGUUUGGACCAAUGAAGCUCUAUGAAGAUCAGCUGCAGGUACUGUUAGUGUUUGCCAAAGACGAUGCUCAGAGUCACAGCUUCUGCUGGGCGUGUGAACGCGCUGGUUUCAGGUGUAAUGUGGCCCGAACGCCAGAAGCGGCGCUGGAGAGCUUUCAGGAGAAGAACCACGAUCUGAUCAUCAUCGAUCACAGACAUUCCAGAUACUUCGACGCUGAAGCGCUCUGUCGCUCAAUUCGAGCCAUCAGCUGCUCUCACAACACUGUGAUUGUGGCUGUAGUGAAAAGGCCGGAUCGUGAAGAAGCCACUGUGAUGCCGCUGAUAUCAGCAGGAUUUAACAGGCGAUAUGUGGAGAACUCCAACAUGAUGGCCUGUUAUAACGAACUCAUCCAGCUCCAUCACGGAGAAAUACGAGCUCAGAUCAAACUCAGGUGA